AUGAGUCCAUCACCGGGGGACCACCCCGAUCGAACGUUACCAGAAUGGAUGGAUUUGCAGAACCUACACGGGCGUAUGUUUUAUAUGGUUUUAAAAGCAGCUGAUGGACAUGUGCUCCCGAAAAAUCCUUUCAUCGUUGGUCGAUCCGUCGAACGUUACGGAAAGGUGAAAGGUGCGUUCUACGAGAAAAACCAAGGAUGGUACGUGCUAAAGAUCCGCAACAAAAACUUAAGAACAGAAUUAGCCAAGUUGACGAAUUUAGAUGAUGGUACCCCUGUCAAGAUCGAGCAUCACCCCAGAUUGAACCAGCGCAAAUUCGUUGUCACGUGUCCGGAGGUCGAAGGUAUGGCAGACGACGCAUUGUUAUCCGAGCUAGCAUCUCAAAACAUAAUUGAAGUAAGAAGAAUCACGAAGAAGAUAUCCAACGAAAUUGUAGGCACUAAUACCCUAAUCUUAACGAUCAGUAGCACGAUAAUUCUAGAAUUUAUCAACUUUGGGCUUCUCCGAGUUCGAACUCGUCCAUAUUACCCGUUGCCUUUAUUAUGCCGAACGUGUCUCAAAUAUGGUCACCCGAAGAGCAAGUGUACAUCUCCUAUAGCUUGUAACCGUUGCAGCUCCCCUAGUCAUGAUAGUCAACAAUGCAAGAAGAAUCCCUACUGUGGUAACUGCAAUGAAGAAGGACACACGCCGAUAAGUCGCACAUGCCCAAUCUGGACAUCCGAAACUGCAGCACUUAAGCUUAGCACAGAAAAAAAUAUCUCAACCGCCGAAGCUCGAAAAAUCAUACUGCAGAUGAACAACAGCAGCACAUACGCGAGAUACUAUCAUGCGGUGUAUCGUACCAUUGUGUACGAGUGUUCGUUGUAG